UUUGGAUUGAAGGGUCUCUCUGCUUUGUGGUCUUCUCUAUUUCCGUUCACACUCUCUCACAAACACAAAUAGAUCGAGAUCGAGAUCAAGAUCAAGAUCAAGAUCAAGAAUCAUGGAGCUUUUUUACUUGCUAGUGUUUGGUGGUCUAGCUGUUGUCGUUGCAACAAUGGAGCUCAGUAAAAGCAACAAAGAUCGGAUCAAUACCUCUUCUGCUUUCAAUUCCUUCAAGAACAAUUACCUCCUCGUCUACUCUCUCAUGAUGGCUGGUGAUUGGUUGCAGGGACCAUAUGUGUACUACCUUUAUACCACAUAUGGUUUUGGGAAAGGAGAUAUUGGGCAGCUCUUUAUUGCUGGAUUUGGAUCUUCCAUGCUCUUUGGGACAAUUGUUGGAUCCUUAGCCGAUAAACAUGGUCGGAAAAGAGCUUCGGUUACUUACUGUAUAACUUACAUUUUGAGUUGCAUCACCAAGCAUUCACCUCAGUACAGAGUUCUGAUGGUGGGACGAAUAUUGGGAGGGAUUGCCACUUCUCUCCUUUUUUCAGCCUUUGAGUCAUGGCUUGUUGCUGAACACAAUAAGAGGGGUUUUGAGCAACAAUGGCUAUCGAUAACAUUCUCCAAGGCAAUCUUUCUUGGGAACGGUUUAGUUGCUAUAUUGGCUGGUUUAUUUGGCAAUCUAUUAGUUGGUUCAUUGGCAAUGGGACCUGUGGCACCAUUUGAUGCAGCUUCCAUCUUUCUUGCCAUCGGCAUGGCUAUCAUUAUAUCAUCCUGGACUGAAAAUUAUGGUGAUGCAUCAGAAAGCAAAGAUUUAAUGACCCAAUUCAGGGGAGCUGCUGUGGCAAUUGCUUCUGAUGAAAAGAUAGCAUUGUUGGGUGCAAUACAAUCCCUAUUUGAAGGAUCAAUGUACACUUUUGUGUUCUUGUGGACUCCUGCUUUGAGCCCAAAUGGCGAAGACAUUCCACAUGGUUUCAUUUUUGCUACUUUCAUGUUAUCCUCCAUGUUGGGAAGCUCUUUGGCUUCUCGGCUGUUGGCCCGUGCAUCAAUCAAAGUCGAGAGCUACAUGCAAGUUGUUUUUGUCGUCUCUUCUGUCUCUCUGUUGCUUCCCGUCCUUACAAGUUUUUUGGUGGCUCCUUCUCAAGAGAAGGGUGGAAGCAUCAAGUUUGCAGGGUGUAUUCAGCUGCUUGGAUUCUGUGUAUUUGAAGCCUGUGUUGGCUUAUUCUGGCCAUCUAUUAUGAAAAUGAGGUCUCAAUUCAUUCCUGAAGAGGCUAGAAGCACCAUUAUGAACUUUUUCCGCAUUCCUCUUAACAUCUUUGUUUGCAUCGUGCUUUAUAACGUUGAUGCAUUCCCAAUUACCGUAAUGUUUGGAAUGUGUUCCGUUUUCCUCUUCAUUGCAUCUAUGCUGCAAAGGCGCCUCUUGGGUGUUGCAGAAAGAUCAAGGCAAGACAAGGUGAGGGAAUUGGAGUCCGAACCACUAAACAUCGAAGAUUAAGAAACACAUGGGGAUUUAUAGAAAACGGUUAAAUUCAAGCUUCAUCAUUCUUGUUAAAGUUGUGUGCAAUAUAGUUUACGUAUUGAGUUCUUGGAGAUCGAUGAUUUCAAGAUGAAGAACACGAAGAGAAAAGAAUUAAAAGUUGGUUGAAGAAUAAGGAAACGAGUAUACUAUUAAGAUAGCGUAGUAUGCGGUUUUCGUAGUCUGAUACAAGAUUCAAAAAAAAUGGUUAUUUCUAACUUUCCACAUUUUGUAGUAUCACAAUGCUAUUUAUGUUUGUAAUGUAUCAACAUUAAUGGUAUUAUUCAUUAUGAAGCAAACAUUGUUGGUUAC